UUAUCAAAAAUUAAAAUUCAAACAAUUCGACACGCGAGGCCGCACAAUCAAACUAUAAAAGCUAAAACUGCGCUAACUGAAACAUUAAACGUUAUUCGACGCUUCAGCCAACAACAUGCGUUUCCAUCUGAGCUACUUCAUCAGCUUGCUGCUGCUGCUGCUUUGCAGCAAUGCUGGCCAUGUGUUUGCCAAGCCACAGGGACCGCCCUGCCCAGGUGGGCGUCCUGGUGGACCGCCACCAAGUGGACCGCCGCCAUCGGGUGCACCACCAAUGCCGCCACAAUCGACGACUACUCCAGCUAGCUGCUAAAGCUUCAAUACCAAGCUGUAAUUUUUUUUUCUGUUACUCCAAUUUAUCAAAAAGCUGAAUAUACUAUAUAAAUAAUUUG